AUGACCCCGCCCCAUUCUCCCGCUUUCCUUCACCCCGCCCCAUUCUCCCGCUUUCCAUCACCCGGCCCUAUUCUCCCUCUUUCCAUCACCCUGCCCCAUUCUCCCGCUUUCCAUCACCCAGCCCCAUUCUUCUGCUUUCCAUCACCCCACCCAAUUCUCCCGCUUUCCAUCACCCCGCCCCAUUCUCCCUCUUUCCAUCACCCCGCCCAAUUCUCCCUUUUUCCAUCACCCCUCCCCAUUCUCCCUCUUUCCAUCACCCCGCCACAUUCUCCCACUUUCCAUCACCGCGCCUCAUUAUCCCUCUUUCCAUCACCCCGCCCCAUUCUCCCGCUUUCCAUCACACCGCCCCAUUCUCCCUCUAUCCAUCACCCCGCCCUAUUCUCCCUCUUUCCAUCACCCCGCCCCAUUCUCCUGCUUUCCAUCACCCCGCCCCAUGCUCCCGCUUUCCAUCACCUUGCCCCAUUCUCCCGCUUUCCAUCUCCCCGCCCCAUUCUCCCGCUUUCCAUCACCCCGCCCCAUUUUCCUGCUUUCCAUCACCCCACCCCAUUCUCCCGCUUUCCAUCAGCCCACCACAUUCUCCCGCUUUCCAUCACCCUGCCUCAUUCUCCCGCUUUCCAUCACCCCGACCCAUUCUCCCUCUCUUCAUCACCCCGCCCCAUUCUCCCUCUUUCCAUCACCCCGCCCUAUUCUCCCUCUUUCCAUCACCCUGCCCCAUUCUCCCGCUUUCCAACACCCCGCCCCAUUCUCCCGCUCCAUCACCCCGCCCCAUUCUCCCACUUUCCAUCACCCCGCCCCAUUCUCCCGCUUUCCAUCACCCCGCCCCAUUCUCCCGCUUUCCAUCACCCCGCCAUAUUCUCCCACUUUCCAUCAUCCCGCCCCAUUCUCCCUCCUUCCAUCACCCGCCCCAUUCUCCCUUUUUCCAUCACCCCACCCCAUUCUCCCUCCUUCCAUCAUCCCGCCCCAUUCUCCCGCUUUCCAUCACCCCGCCACAUUCUCCCGCUUUCUAUCACCCCGCCCCAUUCUCCCUCCUUCCAUCACCCCGCCCCAUUCUCCCGCUUUCCAUCACCCCGCCCCAUUCUCCCGCUUUCCAUCACCCCGCCCCAUUCUCCCGCUUUCCAUCACCUAGCCCCAUUCUCCCGCUUUCCAUCACCCCGCCCCAUUUUCUCCCGCCCCAUCACCUCACCCUGCCCCAUUCCCCGCUUUCCAUCACCCCGCCCCAUUCUCCCGCUUUCCAUCAUCCUGCCCCAUUCUCCCUCCUUCCAUCACCCCGCCCCAUUCUCCCGCUUUCCAUCACUCCGCCCCAUUCUCCCUCCUUCCAUCACCCCGCCCCAUUCUCCCUCCUUCCAUCACCCCGCCCCAUUCUCCCGCUUUCUAAUCACCCCGCCCCAUUCUCCCGCUUCCCAUAACCCCACCCUAUUCUCCCGCUUUCCAUCACCCUGCCACAUUCUCCCACUUUCCAUCACCCCGCCCCCUUCUCUCUCCUUCCAUCAUCCCGCCCCAUUCUCCCUCCUUCCAUCACCCCGCCCCAUUCUCCCGCUUUCCAUCAGCCCGCCUCAUUCUCCCGCUUUCCAUCACCCCUCCCCUUUCUCCCACUUUCCAUCUCCCCGCCCCAUUCUCCCGCUUUCCAUCACCCCGCCCCAUUCUCCCGCUUUUCAUCACCCCGCCCCAUUCUUCCGCUUCCCAUCAUCCCGCCCCAUUCCCCCCCUUUCCAUCACCCCUCCCCAUUCUCCCUCCUUCCAUCACCCCGCCCCAUUCUCUCGCUUUCCAUCACCCUACCCCAUUCUCCUGCUUUCCAUCACCCCGCCCCAUUCUCCCGCUUUCCAUCACCCCAGCCCAUUCUUCCUCCUUCCAUCACCCCGCCCCAUUCUCCCGCUUUCCAUCAUCCCGCCCCAUUCUCCCUCAUUCCAUCACCCCGCCCCAUUCUCCCGCUUUCCAUCACCCCGCCCCAUUCUCCUGCUUCCCAUAACCCCACCCCAUUCUCCUGCUUUCCAUCACCCCGCCACAUUUUCCCAUUUUCCAUCACCCCGCCCCCUUCUCUCUCCUUCCAUCACCCCGCCCCAUUCUCCCUCCUUCCAUCACCCCGCCCCAUUCUCCUGCUUUCCAUCAGCCCGCCCCAUUCUCCCGCUUUCCAUCACCCCGCCCUUUUCUCCCGCUUUCCAUCUCCCCGCCCCAUUCUCCCGCUUUCCAUCACCCCGCCCCAUUCUCCCGCUUUCCAUCACCCCGCCCCAUUCUUCCGCUUCCCAUCAUCCCGCCCCUUUUCCCCGCUUUCCAUCACCUCUCCCCAUUCUCCCUCCUUCCAUCACCCCGCCCCAUUCUCUCGCUUUCCAUCACCUGCCCCAUUCUCCCGCUUUCCAUCACCCCGCCUCAAUCUUUUGCUUUCCAUCACCCCGCCCCAAUCUCCCGCUUUCCAUCACCCUGCCCCAUUCACCCGCUUUCCAUCACCCGCCCCAUUGUCCCGCUUUCCAUCACCCCGCCCAUUCUCCCGCUUUCCAUCACCCCGCCCCAUUCUCCCGCUUUCCAUCCCCCCGCCCCAUUCUCCCGCUUUCCAUCACCCCGCCCCAUUCUCCCGCUUUCCAUCACCCAGCCUCAUUCUCCCGCUUUCCAUCACCCCGCCCCAUUCUCCCGCUUUCCAUCACCCCGCCCCAUUCUCCCGCUUUCCAUCACCCCGCCCCAUUCUCCCUCCUUCCAUCACCCCGCCCCAUUCUCCCACUUUCCAUCACCCCGUCCCAUUCUCCCUCCUUCCAUCACCCCGCCCCAUUCUCCCUCCUUCUAUCACCCCGCCCCAUUCUCCCGCUUUCCAUCAGCCCGCCCCAUUCUCCCGCUUCCCAUAACCCCACCCCCCCCGCCCCAUCCUCCCGCUUUCCAUCACCCCUCCCAUUUCUCCCACUUUCCAUCUCCCCACCCCAUUCUCCCGCUUUCCAUCACCCCGCCCCAUUCUCCCGCUUUCCAUCACCCCGCCCUAUUCUUCCGCUUCCCAUCAUCCCGCCCCAUUCCCCCCCUUUCCAUCACCCCUCCCCAUUCUCCCUCCUUCCAUCAACCCGCCCCAUUCUCUCGCUUUCCAUCACCCCGCCCCAUUCUCCCGCUUUCCAUCACCCCGCCCCAUUCUCCCGCUUUCCAUCACCCCAGCCCAUUCUUCCUCCUUCCAUCACCAUGCCCCAUUCUCCCGCUUUCCAUCACCCCGCCCCAUUCUCCCUCAUUCCAUCACCCCGCCCCAUUCUCCCGCUUUCCAUCACCCCGCCCCAUUCUCCUGCUUCCCAUAACCCCACCCCAUUCUCCUGCUUUCCAUCAUCCCGCCACAUUUUCCCACUUUCCAUCACCCCGCCCCCUUCUCUCUCCUUCCAUCACCCCGCCCCAUUCUCCCUCCUUCCAUCACCCCGCCCCAUUCUCCUGCUUUCCAUCACCCCGCCCCAUUCUCCCGCUUUCCAUCACCCCGCCCCUUUCUCCCGCUUUCCAUCUCCCCGCCCCAUUCUCCCGCUUUCCAUCACCCCGCCCCAUUCUCCCGCUUUCCAUCACCCCGCCCCAUUCUUCCGCUUCCCAUCAUCCGGCCCCUUUUCCCCGCUUUCCAUCACCCCUCCCCAUUCUCCCUCCUUCCAUCACCCCGCCCCAUUCUCCCGCUUUCCAUCACCUGCCCCAUUCUCCCGCUUUCCAUCACACCGCCUCAAUCUUUUGCUUUCCAUCACCCCGCCCCAAUCUCCCGCUUUCCAUCACCCUGCCCCAUUCACCCGCUUUCCAUCACCCGCCCCAUUCUCCCGCUUUCCAUCACCCCGCCCAUUCUCCCGCUUUCCAUCACCCCGCCCCAUUCUCCCGCUUUCCAUCCCCCCGCCCCAUUCUCCCGCUUUCCAUCACCCCGCCCCAUUCUCCCGCUAUCCAUCACUCCGCCCCAUUCUCCCGCUUUCCAUCACCCCGACCCAUUCUCCCACUUUCCAUCACCCCGCCCCCUUCUCCCUCCUUCCAUCACCCCGCCCCAUUCUCCCUCCUUCUAUCACCCCGCCCCAUUCUCCCUCCUUCCAUCACCCCGCCCCAUUCUCUCGCUUUCCAUCACCCCGCCCCAUUCUCCCGCUUUCCAUCACCCCGCCCCAUUCUCCCGCUUUCCAUCACCCCAGCCCAUUCUUCCUCCUUCCAUCACCCCGCCCCAUUCUCCCGCUUUCCAUCACCCCGCCCCAUUCUCCCUCAUUCCAUCACCCCGCCCCAUUCUCCCGCUUUCCAUCACCCCGCCCCAUUCUCCUGCUUCCCAUAACCCCACCCCAUUCUCCUGCUUUCCAUCACCCCGCCACAUUUUCCCACUUUCCAUCACCCCGCCCCCUUCUCUCUCCUUCCAUCACCCCGCCCCAUUCUCCCUCCUUCCAUCACCCCGCCUCAUUCUCCUGCUUUCCAUCACCCCGCCCCAUUCUCCCGCUUUCCAUCACCCCGCCCCUUUCUCCCGCUUUCCAUCUCCCCGCCCCAUUCUCCCGCUUUCCAUCACCCCGCCCCAUUCUCCCGCUUUCCAUCACCCCGCCCCAUUCUUCCGCUUCCCAUCAUCCCGCCCCUUUUCCCCGCUUUCCAUCACCCCUCCCCAUUCUCCCUCCUUCCAUCACCCCGCCCCAUUCUCCCGCUUUCCAUCACCUGCCCCAUUCUCCCGCUUUCCAUCACACCGCCUCAAUCUUUUGCUUUCCAUCACCCCGCCCCAAUCUCCCGCUUUCCAUCACCCUGCCCCAUUCACCCGCAUUCCAUCACCCGCCCCAUUCUCCCGCUUUCCAUCACCCCGCCCAUUCUCCCGCUUUCCAUCACCCCGCCCCAUUCUCCCGCUUUCCAUCCCCCCGCCCCAUUCUCCCGCUUUCCAUCACCCCGCCCCAUUCUCCCGCUAUCCAUCACUCCGCCCCAUUCUCCCGCUUUCCAUCACCCCGACCCAUUCUCCCACUUUCCAUCACCCCGCCCCCUUCUCCCUCCUUCCAUCACCCCGCCCCAUUCUCCCUCCUUCUAUCACCCCGCCCCAUUCUCCCUCCUUCCAUCACCCCGCCCCAUUCUCUCGCUUUCCAUCACCCCGCCCCAUUCUCCCGCUUUCCAUCACCCCGCCCCAUUCUCCCGCUUUCCAUCACCCCAGCCCAUUCUUCCUCCUUCCAUCACCCCGCCCCAUUCUCCCGCUUUCCAUCACCCCGCCCCAUUCUCCCUCAUUCCAUCACCCCGCCCCAUUCUCCCGCUUUCCAUCACCCCGCCCCAUUCUCCUGCUUCCCAUAA